AUGCCAACAAACGAUGCGUUGACUGCCGCAAUACAGCGGGAGACAACAUCCAUCCGGGACCUCAACACGAGUCUCGAGGAAACGUUGGCCAUGCUCGACUCCCUAGCCGGCAACUUGGCCACGCUUACAAACAACAUGUCCAACUCAAACGGGUUGGCAAAUAUCUACACAGACAUCCACCUCCACAACAGACGUCUCAACUCGACGCUACAGGAAAUCCAGGCAGAUAGCUCCCUUACACCAGGAAGCCGCCACACAGACACUGAUAGGCUGCUCGAGACACAGAUCAACGCGUUGAACGCCCAGGUCUCCUCGUUGAAAGCGCAGCUACAAGCUCUGGAGAAGAAAACAUAG